UAGUUAGCGUACUGUAGAGUUGGUUAGCGUACUGUCGAGUUGGUUAGAGUACUGUAGAGUUAGUUAGCGUACUGUAGAGUUAGUUAGCGUACUGUCGAGUUGGUUAGAGUACUGUCGAGUUGGUUAGCGUACUGUAGAGUUAGUUAGCGUACUGUAGAGUUAGUUAGAGUACUGUCGAGUUGGUUAGCGUACUGUCGAGUUAGUUAGCGUACUGUAGAGUUGGUUAGAGUACUGUCGACUUGGUUAGCGUACUGUAGAGUUAGUUAGCGUACUGUAGAGUUGGUUAGAGUACUGUAGAGUUGGUUAGAGUACUGUCGAGUUGGUUAGAGUACUGUCGAGUUGGUUAGAGUACUGUCGAGUUGGUUAGCGUACUGUCGAGUUGGUUAGAGUACUGUCGAGUUGGUUAGCGUACUGUAGAGUUAGUUAGCGUACUGUAGAGUUGGUUAGAGUACUGUCGAGUUGGUUAGCGUACUGUCGAGUUGGUUAGAGUACUGUCGAGUUGGUUAGAGUACUGUCGAGUUGGUUAGCGUACUGUAGAGUUAGUUAGCGUACUGUAGAGUUAGUUAGCGUACUGUAGAGUUAGUUAGCGUACUGUAGAGUUAGUUAGCGUACUGUAGAGUUAGUUAGCGUACUGUAGAGUUGGUUAGAGUACUGUCGAGUUGGUUAGCGUACUGUAGAGUUAGUUAGCGUACUGUAGAGUUAGUUAGCGUACUGUCGAGUUGGUUAGAGUACUGUCGAGUUGGUUAGCGUACUGUAGAGUUAGUUAGCGUACUGUAGAGUUAGUUAGCGUACUGUAGAGGUGGUUAGCGUACUGUAGAGUUAGUUAGCGUACUGUAGAGGUGGUGUAGGACGGUGGUGGAUUUUGUAGCUGAAGCCCUGGGUGCUGGAGUUGGAGCCUGACUGUAUGGCUGGUGGACAGUGCUGCUCUCAUCCACUCAGCUGGACGGUGUGCCACCACCCAGACUGCUUGGACCUGAACAACAAGAGCCCUCUUCACCUUUGUGAGUCAUGUGACUCCCGCUGCCACCUGGAAGAAACAGACAUGCACUUUGACCGGCACCCCCGCUUUGACCUGCAACCCCAAGGUUCAAUCCUGGCCCGGAACGUUUCGACACGCUCCUGUCCCCCCCGCACCAGCCCCCCCUCUGACCUAGAGGAGGAGGACGAAGGGGGCAACGACCGAGGGGAACGUAAAGUUGGGGGGUUGAAGUUGGUGAAGAAGAAACCACGCCGACGGCACACUGAUGACCCCAGCAAGGAGUGCUUCAGCCUCAAGUUUGAUCUGAACGUGGACAUCGACACAGAGAUCGUCCCCGCUGUGAAAAAGAAGACCCUAAGGGAGGUGAUGGGUCCUGUGUUUGAGCGUAAAGGUAUUGAGUUAUCCCAGGUAGAUCUGUUCCUGGACCAGUCCAACACUCCGCUGUCCCUCAACUUUGAGGCUUACCGCUUCGGGGGGCACUAUCUCAAGGUCAAAGCGCGGCCAGGUGAUGAACUGAAGGUUGAGCAGGGGGUGAAGGACCUGCGGUCGCUCAGUCUGCCCAACAUGAAGCCCUCUUUGGUGGACCAGGGUCCCUACAUCCUUACCCCCGGUAGUGAGACGGUGGAGCACGGCUCCCUUGGACGCAAGGAGGGCAACGUCGACCUGCUGGUCAGUGCAGCCUCUACAGGUCAGGCACGUCGCAGGAAGAACAUGACAGAGUUCCUUGGGGACGCCAGCAUCCCGUCUCCGGACUCCCUGACCGUGCUGAGCGGCUCUCUGUCCAGUAUGGGGGUUGGACCGGACAGCUGGAAGAACCGCGCUGCCAGCCGCUUCUCUGGCUUCUUCGGCUCCAACGCUGGAGCAGGGGCCUUUGGCAAGGAGUUGGACCGCAUGGAGCAGCUCCAGAAUAAACUGCACUCGUACACUCUGUUUGGCCUUCCCAAGGUUCCUCCUCAGUUCUCCUUCCAUCACGACUCCUGGGAGGAGGAAGAGGAGGAGACCAGCUUCACCCUGGAGGACAGCUGGACACAGCUACUAGACAACCAUGAGACGUUGACCAGACGCCAGUUCCACCAGCAGGAAGCUAUCUGGGAGCUCCUGCACACUGAGGCCACCUACAUCAAUAAACUACGAGUCAUCACUGACUUGUUCCUGUGUGGGCUGUUGAACCUUCAGGAGAGUGGUCUGCUGACGGAGGUGGAGCCUGCGCGUCUCUUCAGUAACAUCCAGGACAUUGUGCGUCUGCAUACGGCGAUGUGGAACCAGGUGAUGCUGCCUGCCCUGGAGAUCGCCCGGCAGGCCAGGACCCUCCUCAACCCUACAGACCUCCACCACGGCUUCAGGACGUUUGGCUCCAGGUUCAAGCCCUACAUCCGUUACUGCAUGGAGGAGGAGGCCAGUAUGGAGUACAUGAGGUCACUACUCAGGGAAAACGAGCUCUUCAGGAUCUACGUCACGUGGGCUGAGACUCAUAAGCAGUGUAACCGGCUGAAACUAGCUGACAUGCUGGCCAAGCCUCACCAGAGACUCACGAAGUACCCCCUACUGCUGAAGGCUGUCCUCAAGAAGACUGACGACUCAUCGUCCCGUGACGCCAUCAACAGCAUGGUGGCGUGUGUGGAGGGCUUCAUCAACAGUGUGGACUCUCAGAUGCGCCAGCGGGAGGAGCAGCAGAAGCUAGCCGCCAUCUCUGGACGUAUCGACUCCUACGAAGCAGUGGAGGGGAGCAGCGAGGAGGUGGAGAAGAUCCUGCGUGAGUUUAACCGCUUCGACCUGAUGGCUCCUAUGAGAGGCACAUCACCAGAGGAGACCAGACAGCUCCAUUUGGAGGGGGCACUGCGCAUGAAGGAGGGCAAAGACAGCAGGAUGGACGUGUACUGCUUCCUGUUCACAGACCUGCUGCUCAUCACCAAACCAGUGAAGAGGUUAGAGAAGGUCAAGGUGAUCAGACAGCCCCUCCUCAUCCACAAUGUCAUCUGCAAGGAACUCAAGGACCCUGGCUGCUUCAUUCUCAUCUACCUCAAUGAGUUCAAGAGCGCUGUGGCAGCCUACACUUUCCAGGCCAACAGCGCCACCCAGGGGCGAAGCUGGGUUGAUGCCAUCUGCAACGUCCAGAACCAGCUCCAGAGAAUGCGGACUGAGGAGGUUCUCAGGCAGCAGGUCUCCCUACAGCGCCGGCUAGAUGGAGAGGAGGAGGGCGACGAGGAGAGCAGCAACUCCACUUCCAGCUCCUCCUGCAUGAGGCACAAAGAUCAGCAGGGCCCAAGUCAUUCGGAUGGCUCCACAGAGACCCUGUCAGUCAUGGACAUAGGAGAGGAUUCAGGAGAGCACCAAAACCCCUCUGCCCCAAACACAGACCCAGUAGGACCCUUAGAGAAGAGCCCAGACUCGAGCAUAGUUACCCCACCUGUUGGCCCUGAGCACCUGCACUGCAACCCUGCCAGCACCCAGGACAACCAUCCCGACCGGGACCAUGAGCCAGAGCAGGAGGUGGGUAUGGAGGAAGGGGAGGUUGAGCUGGAGCCUCAGUGUCGUUCUCUGUCCAUGGACAGUGCUUACGGUACCCUCUCCCCAGAGUCCCUACUGAGAGAGCUGGACCUGCAGACACGACCAGGCCAGAGCAAGGGAGAGGAGACUGAAGAGGAGGGAGAGAUAGAGGGCCACGAGGUGGAGGUGGAAAUGGAGAACGAAAAGGUGGUAAUGAAACUGGUGGAGGAGGAUGAGGAAGUGGAGGAGGAUUCAACCUCUGUUGGUUCCCAGCUGUCAGUGGUUCAGUCUCUGAAGCCUCGGCGACGCCCCCCGGUGACGGCCCGCCUCCACUGCCUCCAGAGCCUGAACAUCAAGUGCCUUUCAGAGGACAACCUUCUGCAGCGUUUCCGUGACAACGCCCCUGUCUCCCAGAUACAAACCCGCAGCCCUACAUCCCAGGACCAAUCAGAACACAGGAGAGAGAGUGCGGAAUGCCUGGUCCACAGUAAGAGCCUAUCAGCCCAAGACCUUACGGGGCUGUUUCAGACUGACCUAGACUCAGAGCCUGAGUAUGAGGACUUCCUCAACAUGAGCAUGCCUUCUGGUAAGCUCUGUGACUCCCUGAGGAAGGCGGAGGCCCGGCAGGUCCAGAGGGCUCUGGCUGCAUCUGAGGCCUGUGAAGGCAGCAGGAGCCAGGCUAACAGCAGCGGCUCAGAUGGGGAGACUGUGGUGGCGCCCUCUGGAGGACAGGGGGGGAAGUGCAGUGAGUCGUUCUCAGCCGGUUGCCCAGAGAAGCAGUCGUCGCCUAAAAGAAGGAAGGCCCAGCAGCACAAGAAGCUGACCCUAGCCCAGCUCUAUAGGAUACGCACAACCCUAGUGCUCAACUCUACUCUCACCGCAUCGGAGGUGUAACCACUCUGGCAGACAACCAACCAACUAGUGGCAACCUGACCACGAAGAGGAACCAUACUCUAUGGAGUCUGCAUAGAGGGGACUGAAUUCCUUGUGACACACAUGCACUCUCUCGAGCUGCCUUCUCCCUUCCCAUUGCCUGUUGGACAGUGUCUGCUGAACGGUUUUGCAAUCGGACAAUAAGAACCUUCUUUGCUGUUGCAUUUGGUUUCAGUUUGUGUGGGGUGGGAGGGAAAAGGCAAAGAGACAUUUAACUGCUUGCACUUUGUAACGGACGGACGGACGUAGCGUUGAGGGGAGCUGAGGCUGGGACCUUUGGGUGGACUAGACAGUUACUGGUGUAGGGUAACAACCUACCGGCCUACCCUCUAAAAAGAGACUGAAAGAGGGGUAGUCCAGGCAUAGAUCUGCAUGCUUCUCUCUGCAAUGGACCGGAGAGAAUCAGAGAUGAUCUAGGAAAGGGUGGCCCAAACACUCUUAACUCUUAAAGAUGCACUCCGGGAUCCAAAUUCAUAACAUAUUGCACAAAUUGGAUUCAUAACAUAUCACACGAAUUGCAACAUUCGUAUGAUAUCAUACAAAUUGCAAAAUUCGUAUUAUAUCACACGAGAUGGAUGACACAGUACACAAUUGGAUGACAUAGUACACAAAAAACAUGGACCACUUUUGGCUCGUGAGCACCACUUUCAAAACUACUGGCUGAAAUGAUACAAAAGUUGGAGAAUGCAUCUUUAAGUAAUGAAAAGAAAAAGUCACAAUGUCUGAAGAAAAUAGCUCUCUAAAAUGUGUUUGGUGAAUUGCAGCAACUAAGAUGUACUGGUAUUUGUUCUACUCCUAGUUUGCUUUGAUAAAACAAAAACAAUAAAUAUUAUAUCUUUGUUAAAUAGAAGAAUCACUAAGGGGAUAACUUUACAUUCACAGUGCACACUUUGAAUUGGUUGUGUGUGUGUCUGUCUGGGUGGGUGUGUCUGUGUGUGAAUGAUACAUUGUCCUAAACUCCUGACUGAACCAAAAUUAUUUCCAUCAUGAUUUUCAUCCUCUGUGAGUAACAUACCCAAAGAUGUAAACACCUGAGUACCAAGUAGAUUCUGAACUAAAGGUAUACAUAAAAACAGUGUUCCAGCAACAAGUAACAACCACAUAUUGUGUUAUCAACUGCUGUGUAUUUUCAAACGUACAGAGCCAACAAUUUAUUUUCAAAAUUGCUGCAUCUAAGAUUAGCAUAGACACAGAGCAAUUUCUGGGCUUUAUAUUUUCUACUGUGCUGAAGCCAUUUUUUCAAUCAAUAGUGGUGGUAUGAUUUAACUAUAAAGACUAAGAUGAUGAAAUGGUUUUCCAUUCUUAGUGUUUAGAAGCAGAAAGAUGAACCCUUGGUUAUUAGGUGGAAUGGAGUUAUUUUGGGAAACAUAACUACACUAAUGUCGAAAGAUUUGAGCAUGCACUCACAACGUGCAGCUUACAUAGAACAAAUACAAGGUAGAAUAUGGUGAUUUGUAAAAGAGCAGUCUACACUAAAAAAAUAUUCCAUGUAACAAUGAGCUUGAAACACCUUUUGAGACAUUGCAUAUUUUGUGUUUCUUUAAUGUAACACAUUAACACAAUGCAGUAACUAAGAGACUGAACAAUGGUUUGGGGUUGCAUAUGAUUUGUGAAUCAGUUUUCUUUGAAUGACUUUCUGUCCACACUAAUAGGAAAAGUGAUUCGGCGGGAGCAUUGACCACCAUAGUAGAUUAACAUGGUCAAACUGACAUUCAGCUUGUUCUUAUUGAUGAUUUAAUAUGCGUUCUCUAAACCCCUCCUUGUCAAAUAUUGCCCAAACCAAAUAGUUUAACAUUUGUUUACUUUACUAGUUUUUGUUUAUUUGUAAUAUUUAUUAAGCUUGCCAUGUUUUAUAUAUAAAAUAUUGUUUAUAUUGUUUGAUUUCAUGCCUUGUACAUUUUGUGUCGGUGUAGACUUAAUAAUUUGUUUCUUGUUUUUCAUAUCAGGCAUGAUGAAUCUGCUAUGAACCAAAACUAUUUCAUCUCCCUUUCAGGAAUGUCUCUUAAGUGUCUUACCAAAUAAAAAAGCAUCAUCAAACAUUU